CUCCCUACAGGCUGGGCUCAUUGCCCUGCUGAAAGGGGUGCUGAAGCACAGAGCGUGCCCCCAUUUCUGGGCUGGGGUGGGCCCGACACAGGCCUGGGAGGAGGUUUGGGGGAGGGGGGUGUUCCAUUCCACCUGGCCCUGGUGGCCCCCCUCCAGGCCUCCCUGGGAGAUGCGUGUGGACAGCGGUUUGGUCUCCUUCUGACCCCCACCUAUUCUGGGACAAUAUUCUCCAGAGAGCCACUCCCCACCCACCUCCUGCCCACACUGGCCCACAGCCCCCAGCCCCACUCCAGAGAGCACAGGAGGGCCCCCCAGAAUGCCCGCCGGCCCUACCCGCGGGGCUGACUGGCGGGAAGGGCUGUCACCUUCGGCUGUGUUUCGGCUGUACCACAUGGCACGUGUGACCCCAGUUCCCCGACCAGAGGCUGAAGUUGGGCCACAGCAGUGAAAGCCCGGGGUCCUGACCCCUAGGCCCCAGGGAACUCCCUUUGGCCCUGCCCAGGCCUCUGCUUUGCGGGGGAGCUCAGAAGGGAACCGAGUGGGCCCUGCCAGCCUGGUGCCCCAGCAGAACCUGGGUUUGCACAAAGCCCAGGGGAGAUGACCAUGCUGCGGGGUAGGGUCGGGGUCCGCUCAGCUCCCCAGUGUUAAGUGGGAAACCGAGGUCAGCCAGAGCCAGCAGCGGCCCUGCCUCCUCAUAGGAGACUUCUGCCCACCCCCGCCCUGCCCUGCGGGGCGAGAGACCUGCGCCAGCUGGGGCCCUCACGGCUGGGGGCCGGGCUGACUCACCCUGACCCUGCAGGAGGGGCCGGCUUCCCAGAUGGGCGGGGCCGGGGCCGGCUGGUGCUGGGGGCCGCCGCACAGACGCCCUGGAGGCUUGUGCAGGUCUGGGCCCUCCAGCCCCGGUGCCCCUUCAGCACUGGCCUGGGGCGGUGCCGCGGUGGGGUGACACAGUGGUGCGGACACCAGAGCGCCGCAGACCAUGGCCUUGCAGACCGCUCCGCCCCGCCUGGGAUCCCAGAGGACUCGCGCCCGCGGCAGCCUCCUGCUCCUGCUUCUCUGCCUUGGUUGGGUUCUACCUUCCAGGGCCCAGGCUGCAGACGUGCGACUGGCUCUCCUGACCUCAAGGUUGCAGCGCACAUCCCGGGACCUGUCCUGGCAGCAGCCUGAGCUGACCGUCCUCCUCCCGAGGGCCCGGCGGGGCGCAGAGAAGAAGGCCUGCCCUCCGGGGCGGGAGGCCCAAGUGGUGGAUGAGAACCUCUUCUUCUAUGAGGAGUGGGAGCUGGAGGCCUGUAUGGAUGGGGCCCUGCUGGCCACACAGAUGAGACAAGUGAACCGGAUUCCCUUCACCUACCAGCAGCUGCACAUUUUCAAGCGCAAACUGGAUGAGUUCUACCCACAGGGGUACCCCCAGUCCCUGAUCGAGCGCCUGAGUUACUUCUUCCUUCACGUCACCCCUGAGGACAUCCACAAGUGGAAUGUGACUUCCCUGGACACCGUGAAAUCUCUGCUCAAAGUCAGCCAGGGGCGCGGGGUGGAUGUUCAGGUGGCUGCCCUGAUUGCCCGCUAUGUAGGGGGAGGAGGUGAGCUGGACAAGGCUGCCCUGGACACCCUGGCCACCUUCCGCCCUGCCUACCUGUGCGUGCUCCGCCCCGAGCAGCUGGGCUCCGUGCAGCUCAGCGUGCUUUGGAUGACCACACCCCAGGACCUGGGCGCGUGCAGCUCACUGCAGAUGGCUGUCCUCUACCACAAGGCCCACACGGCCUUCCAGAACGUCAGUGGGUCUGAAUACUUCACAAGGAUCGAGCCCUUCCUCGGUGGGGCCUCCACGGAAGACCUGCGGGCUUUUACUUGGCAGAACAUCAGUAUAGACGCGGCUGCAUUCAAGAAACUGCCAACAGAGGCAGUGCUGUCGCUAACCGUGGCCGAGGUGCAGAAACUUCUGGGCCCAAACCUGGUGGGCCUGAAGGCUGAGGCAGGGAACGUGCCCCUGCGGGACUGGAUCUCCCGGCAGUCGCAGGAGGACCUGGACAGGCUGGGGCUGGGGCUCGUCGGCGGCGUCCCCAACGGCUACCUGGUCUUGGACCUCCACAGCCGAGAGGCCUCCUCCGGAAGCCCCCACUGCCUCGGACGAGGGCCUGGACCUGUGCUCACUGUGACCGCAAGUCUGCUUCUGGUAUCAGUCCUGAGCUGAGCCGGAUACUGUGCCCUGGCGACCGGCGCUGCGUGGAGACCCCGCCGGGCUUGGACCCCCAGGGCUCUGAAGCUCAAUAAAAGAACCCCAUCCUCCUCUUGUA